AUGGAGGCUCUGCUGAGGCGGGAGCUGGGCUGCGACUUCGUCAAGGCUACGGGUCACUCGGGGGGCGGGUGCAUUAGCCAGGGCCAGAGUUACGACACGGACAGAGGACGCGUGUUUGUGAAAGUGAACUCCAAGGCGGAGGCCAAGAGAAUGUUUGAAGGUGAGAUGGCAAGUCUAAUGGCCAUCCUGAGAACGGGCACAGUGAAAGCGCCCAAGCCCAUCAAGGUCCUCGACGCCCCGGGAGGCGGCAGCAUGCUGGUGAUGGAGCAUUUGGACAUGCGCUAUCUGAGCAGUCAUGCUGCAAAGCUUGGAGCCCAGCUCGCAGACCUGCAUCUAGAGAACAAGAGGCUUGGGGAGAUGCUCCAGAAGGAGGCCGGCACCGUGGGGAAAGGAGGCGGGCGGGCAGAACGGCCCUUCGUGGACCAGUUCGGGUUUGACGUGGUGACAUGCUGUGGGUACCUUCCCCAGGUGAAUGUCUGGCAGGAGGACUGGGUCACCUUCUACGCCCGGCAGCGCAUUCAGCCCCAGAUGGACAUGGUGGAGAAGGGGUCUGGGGACAGGGAGGCCCUGGAGCUCUGGUCUGCCCUGCAGCUAAAGAUCCCUGACCUGUUUCGUGACCUGGACAUCGUCCCAGCCCUGCUGCAUGGAGAUCUUUGGGGAGGAAACGUGGCGGAGGACUCCUCUGGGCCCAUCAUUUUUGAUCCGGCUUCUUUCUAUGGCCACUCAGAAUACGAGCUGGCGAUAGCUGGCAUGUUUGGGGGCUUCAGCCGCUCCUUCUACUCUGCCUACCACGGUGCAAUCCCCAAGGCCCCAGGGUUUGAGGCGCGCCUGCAGUUGUAUCAACUCUUCCACUAUUUGAACCACUGGAACCACUUCGGAUCAGGGUAUAGAGGGUCCUCCUUGAGUAUCAUGAGGAAUCUCAUCAAAUGAGAUUGAUUCAGGUCCUAGCCACACACCUGUGGCCGGCGCCUCCUGUCCCCACAGCCCUCUUCCUCAGGCCUUCCUCCCCAAAUCUUCAGACUAACUUCCCAAGCCUUGUAGAGUACGAGGGAGAAAGGUUUUGUCCUCUGGAGGUUGUACAUUCCGUUAGACUUCAUUGCUGGAUGAAACCUCACCGGAAAUUCGCUGUGACCAGAGGGACCCGUGGAGCAUGGGCUGAGUUG